AUGGCUUUGAAACACCAGGUCGAGAGUUGGACCGAGGAGACAAUUUGUCCCAUUUGCUUGGAUUUCUUCACGGACCCGGUGUCACUGGAGUGCGGACACAACUUCUGCCGUUCCUGUAUCACACGGUGCUGGGGAAAGGAGGCGAGGAUCGCCUGCCCGGAAUGUAGAGCGGAGUUUCAGGAAAUCACCCUUAAAGUGAAUCGGGCCUUAAUGAGACUGGCAGAGAAAGCUCGAAAACUGAACCUGAACCCGACAGAGAAGGAAAGUAAACUUCACUGCGAGGAACAUCAGGAAGAACUGAAGCUGUUUUGUGAAACGGACAAGAAACUGAUCUGUGUGAUUUGCAGAGAUGCGCGGGAACACAAGUCUCACAACUUUACGCCGAUUAAAGAAGCUGUUGAAGCAUACAAGCACCAGGUGAAAUCUUCCCUCACAUCGCUCACCGAGAGGCAACUGGCAAUUCUCAAAAUGGAACAACAACAGAAACAGAAGAUUUUUGAGAUCCAGGAUCAGUCACGCAGUCUGGAGUCCCACAUAUCAGCCGAGUUCAGUAAAAUGCACCAGAGUCUCACUGAGAAAGAGCAGCGUUUAAUCAGAGAUCUCAGAAAACAGGAGGAACUAAGUGUAGAUCUAAUGGAGAGAAAUCUUCGGGAGAUUCAGACGAAUUUAACUUCCAUUGAGGAAGAACUCUCAAUGUUGCAGAAACAGAUGGAGCAGAAAGAUGGAAUGAUAUUUCUGAAGGAAGAAUCUUGUCGGAAGAGGAGGGUUGGAGAUGACCAGAUACUUACAGUCAAGGAUGGAGCUCUAACGAUGGAAGAAUUCGCAGGACCUUUACCUUUCCCAGUGUGGAAGGAAAUGUUCGAUGACAUUCAUCCUGUCUCUGUGACCCUGGAUGUGGGAACGGCGGGUCCGGGGCUCGAGGUGUCUGAGGAUCGGAGGAGUGUGAGACGGACCCGAACCCGGACAGAGCUCCCUGACACGAGGAAAAGGUUUACGCUCUGCCCUUGUGUGCUGGGAUCGGAGGGAUUCGCAUCAGGGAGACAUUACUGGGAGGUGAAGGUGGCGCAGAAUAAGGGCUGGGGUCUGGGAGUCGCCGCAGAAUCUGUGAAGAGGGAGGGAUGGGUCGAACUAAGACCGGAGACUGGAUUCUGGAUCAUCGGGCGGGUUGGUGACGAGUUGAAUGCAUUAACCUCCCCUCCAUUCCGUCUCCCUGCCGGUCCCAUCCCCGGGAGGGUGGGAGUUUAUCUCAGUUACGAGUCCGGGACAGCUUCAUUUUACUGCGUCGACACCAAGUCCCAUCUCCACACCUUCACUGGGAAUAAAUUUACGGAUAAAAUUUAUCCUUUCUUCGAGACUUGGGAUGAAAACCAGUCGCUGAGAAUCUGCUCCUGUUCCGCUCCGGAUCUGUUAAAGGGUCGGGUCCCUGGACCGGCGUCAGGAGCGGGGCACCGGGGCUGUGGGGCAGAAACCUCCUUGACAACAGGCUUGUUUCAUGUCAAUGGGACCCGACCCCAUGGGAGAUUCGUUGACAUGUGCCAGAGAACCUUUCACCCUCCACUGUGGCAGCGGAUGGAUCGUGCUCACUGGACAUUCCCGGAAACUGCAGGGGUUCAGCAGUUCCCCGAAAGUGAAAGCAUUUUGGACCAGGAAGUGCUGGGAGUGAACAUGGCUUCGAAACACCAGGUCGACAGUUGGACCCAGGAGGCAAUUUGUCCCAUCUGCCUGGAGUUCUUUACCGAUCCGGUGUCACUGGAGUGUGGACACAACUUCUGCCGCCCCUGUAUCACACGGUGCUGGGAAAAGGAGGUGAGAAACUCCUGCCCGGAGUGUAGAGAGGAGUUUCAGGAAAUACUCCUCAGAGUGAAUCGGGCCUUAGCGAGACUGGCAGAGAAAGCUCGAAAACUGAAACUGAUUCCGAUAGAGAAGGAAAGUAAACUUCACUGCGAGGAACAUCAGGAAGAACUGAAGCUGUUUUGUGAAACUGACAAGAAACUGAUCUGUGUGAUUUGCAGAGAUUCGCGGGAACACAAGUCUCAUAAAUUUCUGCCGAUUAAGGAAGCUGUUGAAAUCCACAAGGAACAGGUGAAAUCUUCCCUCACGUCGCUCACUGAGAGGAAAUUGGCAAAUCUCAAAAUGGAACAACAACAGAAACAGAAGAUUUCUGAGAUUCGGGAUCAGUCACGCGGUCUGGAGUCCCAUAUCUCAUCCGAGUUCACUGAAAUACACGAAAAUCUCACGGAGAAAGAGCAGCGUUUAAUUAGAGAUCUCAGAAAACAAGAGGAAAGGGUUGUAGAUCUAAUGGAGAGAAAUCUUCGGGAGAUUCAGAGGAAUUUAACUUCCAUUCAGGAGGAACACUCAACGUUGCAGAAACAGAUGGAGCAGAAAGAUGGAGCGAUAUUUCUGAAGGAAGAAUCCUGUCGGAAGAGGAGGAUUGGAGAUGACCAGACACUUACAGUUAGGGAAGGGGCUCUGAUGAUGGAAGAAUUCGCUGGGCCUUUACCUUUCCCAGUGUGGAGGGAAAUGCUAGAUGACAUUCAUCCUGUCUCUGUGACCCUGGAUGUGGGAACGGCGAAUCCGUGGCUCGAGGUGUCUGAGGAUCGGAAGUGUGUGAGAUUGACCGGGACCCGGAGGGAUCUCCCUGACACCAGAAAGAGGUUCACAUUCUGGUCCUGUGUGCUGGGAUCAGAGGGAUUCACAUCAGGGAGACAUUACUGGGAGGUGGAGGUGGCGGGGAGUCGAGGCUGGUGUCUGGGAGUCGCCGCAGAGUCUGUGGAGAGAAAGAGGGAGUCCCAACUGACACUGGAGAACGGGGUCUGGACCAUCGGUCGGUGGGGUAACGAGCUUUAUGUCCUCACCUCUCCUCGAUCCCGUCUCCCCGCCGGUCCCAUCCCCGGGAGGGUGGGAGUUUAUGUCAGUUACGAGACCGGGACAGUUUCAUUUUACAGCGUGGACACCAAGUCCCAUCUCCACACCUUCACUGGGAAUAAAUUCAUGGAGAAACUUUAUCCUUUCUUCGUGACGUGGGAUGAAAACCAGUGGCUGAGAAUCUGCUCCAGUUCCACUCCGGGUCUGCAAAACGUUCGGGUCCCGGGACCGGCAUCAAAAGCGGACCUCAGGGGCUGUGGGGCAGUAACCCCGUUGACAACAGGUUGGCGCUGAACGGGUCCCAUUUAAUCCCCAAAUUCCACAUCGUAAAACCCAAAUGAGCCGGGAAAUAUAAACGGUGAAGAUUUAAAUGUGGGGAAAGUGAAAUAAAAAGGAAUUGAUACUCGAACUGUCGAUCCAUUAAUUUUAACGCGUUAACUGCAUC